UGGAGCGUGUAAUUUAGUGAGGGAAAAAAAUAGUCCCAUGUAAUAUAUUUGCAUAUCAUUGUUACGUAAUAAAUUGAUAAAGAGACUGCAGACAAGUGAUUAAACGAAAAUAAUGUCAAUUAAAAAGUUUACAUGCACCAACGGUGAAUUCCUUGUAAAUGAUGAAAUAAGGGCGGCGUUUGAGAAAGACGGUUGUUUUAUAGUCAGGGGCUUAUUGUCACAAGAUGAGGCAUCACAUGUAGAGAGGGCACUCAGUACUGGACCUUUUGAAGAGCAUACUUUUUGAGUCGGAGAUGGAGCCGGGAAAGAAGCAUAUAUGGUAAUAUGGAACCAUCCUGGUGUUGACGUCACUGGCAUGGUUGCAAGAUGUGAAAAAGUCGCCGGAACCUGCGAGAAACUCCUCGGCGGAGAGGUUUACCAUUACGUUACAAAGUUUAUGAUGAAACCAGCUAGGAUUGGCGGAAGACAUGUUUGGCACCAGGACUAUGGAUAUUGGUAUCAAUAUGGUAAUUUAUUUCCCAACAUGAUGACCACGUUCGUUGCUAUUGACAACGCCACCAAAGAAAUGGCUGUCUCCAGGACUAUAUUGAGAUUAUACAUGUCAUUAUGUUUCAUUUCGCCUCUCAGACUGACGGUCUUAAAGUAUAUUUCCAUUUGGACCUGGGUUUUAAAAGGCUCUCACAAGUGUGGACGAAUUGACCAUUCUUCUCUGGAUGGUCAGCAAUGUGCAGAUAUGGAAAGAGUUGAAGAGAUAGCAAAACAAGUACCACUUGAAUACGUUGAACUUGAACGAGGAGAUGCAUUGUUUUUCCAUUGUAAUUUAUUGCACUGCAGUAGCGCCAACACAAGCCCAUCAAGGCGAUGGGCAUUUAUCUGUGUAUACAAUCGAGCCGAUAAUAACCCGGUGAAAGCUCAUUAUCACCCAUUUUAUACACCUUUAGAAAAGGUUCCAAAUUCUGCAAUUCUCGAGUGCCAAGAUUUUACAACUAUGGAUGGCAAAUGGUUUAAUGACCCCAUCACUGAUAACAUUCCAACUGGAUGACGAAUUGAAAAAAGUGGACAAUGAAACUUACAUUGACCAUAGCUUUUCUUGUCAUGAAUUUUUGUUUUCCCUUUUUUUCAUUACUACGCAUUAACCGUAUUACAACGUAUUAUUUGAUGUCGGUUUUGUGGGUGGAUUGAUAGCUUUCUUUUAUUUCCUGUAAUAAGUUUUCACUUUAUUAAAUAUAUGUACAUUAAACAAUGUGAACUCUCGGCAUGACUGAGUCGCUAGCCGCACAGUUUAUACCCCGCCAGGAGGAAUUCAUUGUUUCCAUGAGCAAAAAACUACAUUGUAUACACUCAUUGUUCA